UGCGUGGGGAGGGGUUGGACCCCGUCUACUCCGGAACAGGGGACGCUGCCCUUUUCCACGCGCCACUCUGCUCCGAACCCAUCCUGCUCCGACUAGCCCUCUCCCUGCUCCGACUAGCCGAGGAGAAAGCAACAGAGGAAAGAGAGAGGAUUUCCACCCGGUCGUCCCCUCGAUCCGUUCUCCGCUGCAGUUCCUUGAAGCAAGGUGCUGGAGAUCGACUCCGUCUCCGUCGACCGGAAUUCCACGGCGUCGAGUGUUUAGCUGCUCUGCGAAAUUCCGGCUUGCUCCCAUGGCGGCGCGAAGUUGAGGUUGCGUCUUACCGCGUGCCGCCGCCGCGCAGGGCCGCUUCAACCGUUUUGGCGCGUCGUGCCAGCGAGAUGCUUCGGUGAAAGACCGCUUCUUGACGCGUUCUGCUGGUGCCGCUGCUCCCCAUGGCAGGAGCAGGAGGAGGCUAGGACAGCCCGGCACCGAGAGGCGCGCGGUCCGUGCUCCCCAGCGUGGCCUCGCGCGGCAUGCUCGUUGCCUCGCCGGGGGAGGGAUGGUCGAUCGAACGAGGGCCGCGCUCAUCGGGGUCACCGCCGGCGUCGCGGCUGCGGUGCUUGCGGCGGCGUGCGUGCUCCUCGCCAUCUGGCUGCACCGCCGGCGGGCCAGCGUCGCCGCCCGGACGCGGUCCGUGGAGUCGCCCUCAGCGACGCUGCGGGCCGACGGCGACCGCUGCGCCAGCCUCGACUCCAGCGUCUCCGUCUCGGUGGUCUCCGAGAGCGUCGCCGACUGGGGCCACCCGCCGCCGGCAAAGCGCGCCGCGUUCUGGGCCUGGAGAGGCGGCGCCGGCCAUAAUGGCAGGGAGCCGCCGCCGCUGACCGUUUCCGGGAUCCCAAAAUACCACUACAAGGAUCUGCAGAAGGCUACCAGCAACUUUACCACAAUUCUGGGGCAAGGAUCGUUCGGUCCUGUGUACAAGGCUGUAAUGGCCACUGGUGAAGUGGUAGCUGUAAAAGUGCUCGCGAGUGAUUCAAGGCAAGGGGAAAGAGAGUUCCAGACUGAGGUAGCUUUGCUUAGCAGGCUGCAUCAUAGAAACCUUGUUAAUUUGGUUGGGUAUUGCGUGGAAAAAGGUCAGCGCAUUCUGAUUUACGAGUACAUGAGCAAUGGGAGUUUGGCAAGACUUUUGUACGGCGACAAUAAACGGAGUUUGAGCUGGCAAGAAAGGCUGCAAAUUGCCCAUGAUAUCUCUCAUGGGAUCGAGUAUCUGCAUGAAGGGGCUGUUCCACCUGUUAUUCACAGAGAUCUAAAGUCUGAUAAUAUACUUUUGGACCAUUCAAUGAGGGCCAAGGUUGCAGACUUUGGUUUAUCAAAGGAGGAAGUAUAUGAUGGAAGAAAGUCGGGCCUCAAGGGCACCUAUGGAUAUAUGGAUCCUGACUACAUGUCCACAAAUAAGUUAACAAAGAAGAGCGACGUGUAUAGUUUUGGUAUUAUACUUUUUGAACUGAUAACAGCCAUAAAUCCACAGCAAGGUCUAAUGGACUACAUUAAUCUGGCAGCAAUUGGAGGGGAGGGAAGGGUUGAUUGGGAUGAGAUACUUGACAAGGACCUCCUAGUAGGGAGCAUCCCUGAAGAGGUCAGGAUGCUUGCUGAUGUUGCCUACCGAUGCGUUAACAAGAGUCCGAGGAAGCGCCCCUGGAUAUCAGAUGUCACGCAGGCCAUCUCAAGGCUCAGGCAGCGCCAGCUGACAAAGCAUGAUGCUCUGACUUUGCCUAGGAGCGAGACUAGAACCAUCCUGAGGAGGAUAGAGUACCAGCAUGUCGAGCUGAGUGACCUUACCAGCAUGAAAGAACUGACGCCCAUAAGGGCAUGAGCUUGUUCUCGUAAUGUAGGUUCCUUGUAGAGUUAGCUUUUAACUUGAUCAAAAAGUAAGUCAAAAUGCAAAGAGGGUUGAAGGAAGCUGUAGCUGUUUGAUGAAAGCAUCAAGGAGUUGAGAUCCUUGAAGAUGUCUUGGCUGCCAUGAGAGUUAUCGACGUCUCAUUAAUUGGAGUUCUGACUGACCUGAGGUUUGAAAUCGUUGUAUAUAGUCAACAGUAGUUGUAGCAUUUGGUAAGAUAAUGACAUCCAUAUUGCAUAUUCACGUAAA